AUUUGGUUGAUUAUAAUAUUUUACUACAAGGCUCACAGAAACAUAUUACCUUCCAACAUUCAGGUAAAUUUUGUUAAGCGAGAGAGUUAUUAUUUUAAGGGGAUAGAAAUGUUUGUGAAGCCUUGGUUUCGUACAAGUUUGAAAGAAAGAUGUACUUUAAUCCAGGGAAUAAAGUUGUGGAAUGGUAUGGAGGACGAUCUUUAAAAUGCAAGAUCUAUGUACAUAUUUAAGAGAAAGAUAAAAGCUAGUUUUUUGAAGGUACAUGGAAAGUAUGUGAAUCUAUAUGAAUUGUUGUUUAAAUUAAUAUUUUUUAUUUUUUAGUAUUUUUUAAAAUAUUUUUUGUUUGAAUAUAUUAUGGGCAUAAAAUGGGCAGACAUAAGAUUAAUUCUUCUGCUAGCUUUCAUUUUAUUUUAGUUUUUGAUUUGUGUAUUUUCUUUGUUUUCUAUUGUAUAUAGUUAUUUUGGUUUUUAAUUAAAUGAAUAAAGAAUCAAUAUUAUGAGGAGGGAAAUCAUGAAAAAUCUGUAUUUUUUUAACUCAGUAAUUCCUGUUUAAUGAUUCUACAGAAAUUAUAAUUAGGCAGUAUUUCCUUUCUUUUCUACAGUAUGAAUCUGAGGCUUCGAUUUUAUUUGUAAUGCUCGUCAUGAAGGGCAGUUAUAAGCUCCACCUGAUCAUUUGAAUAUUCCCUAAAUGAAGAGAACAACGUUCUCCUGUUCAAUUCCUGUGGAUGUUACCUGCAGAGGACACUGCAGCUGGAGAGAUUAGCUGUCACCAUGGCUUCUCCAGACGCUUCUGCAGAGAUGAAACAUAUUUCUGUCAAGAGGCAACAGCUUCACGAGAGACGGAAAAUCCUGUGCAUAUUUCAAGAGUUGAGGGAACGUGCUGAGUUUGGCCAAACGGAGGAAGCAGCUGCAACCCAGCUGGAGAUCGAUCAGAUCGACCAAAGGCUGAAAGAACUUGAAGAAAUGGAGACUGAACUCAAUAGAACCUAUGUAAAUGUUUUAAAUGCCAGUGACAUAAAAGGCAAACAAGGUAUUUCUGAACCAGCGUUACCACCCGACUCAAAUGAUUAUUCCAACGUUUGCUAUAUUGAGCUUCCUCCUUCCUAUCCUGCCCCUACGGUGGUCCUGGACAUUGCAAAUCUUCCACCGUAUUCCUGUAAAACUCAGUGCCCCGAGUGUAAACAGUUUGUCAUAACAGAAACCAGCUCCUCUGUCAGCAGCGUGACCUGGAUGUCGUGCAUUAUAGCAGUGCUGGUUGGCUGUGUAGCGGGGUGCUGUCUCAUUCCUUUCUGCAGCGAUAAGUUCAAGUCCAUCAACCAUCACUGUCCAAAGUGUCGGACGAAAAUUAUAACUACCAAAAGACUCUGAGUGAAAAGCAUUUGAUAAAAGUCUUAUGCUCAGACUGAGAAUGGCAGCAUAUUGUAAGUGUAAGUAAUGUGUAUUUAAGUGAGAGGUUUGUUUAGUAACAUCCAUUUAUUUUUAUGUAAGUUAAAAAAUCUGGGAAGUUUGGAUGUUAAUGUAUGUGUUCUUCUUUGUUUUGUAAAAAAAAAUGUAUUAUAUUAGAUAUUACACAACCCCAACUCUGAAAAAGUAGGGACAUUUUGUUUGAAUCAAAACAGAAUGGAGUAAUUUGCAAAUCAUGAAGAUUCAAAACUGGAUUGAGGCAAAGUGGAAAACUGUUCUGGGGUCAGACAAAUCAAAAGUGGAAAUAAUUUUUGGAAACUUCAGAUAAUGAAAAACACACAGUUCAAAGGCCUACCUCUCUGAUGAUAUAGGGGUGCAUUAGUGCCUCUUAACUUAAACAUCUGGAAAGGUAUUCUCAGUGCAGAAAUGUUCCAACUUUUCAAAACUGAGUUUGUAUUUUAAACKUAAAAAAACGUAAAUUAGUGGACUGAUUUUUAACUUGUUUUUUUGUGGAAAUGUAAAUUUCUGUUUUAGUUUUCAAGCUUUAUGAAUGUAUCGAGCUGUUUGUUCAAGAAACCUAAAAGAUUCAGUUGUGUAGUUUCAUUUUAUUGUCAUGAAUGUGAAAAUUACUGUCAGAAAAAAAUUCAAAUAGUUUCUGUCUGUAUUUACAGAGCAACAGUUACCUUUGUAUAAAAAAAGCUGUAUCAAAAGUCCGUGUACAAAUAGCAUGCAAAUGAUGCGAUACAUCAUCCUUUGUGUUGAGUUAUACUAAUAUAAUAAAGAGAAAUUCUUCCCCAUUCCAGCACAAAACACUUUUUUUUCCAAUUAUGAUAAAUUAGGCACUGAUGAGCCGUCUUGAAAAAAUAUUCAACUUUGAUUCAAAAAUUAAAAGUAUAAACAUAAAAAAAUAAAAAAUAAAAUAGUUACUUACAAUAAAACCACAUGAUUCUGCCUGUAGUACCACGUCGUAACUUCAUUAUGCUUUGAGACAUAUUUUUUUGUAAAACACAGAAGUUUGUUGGAAAAAAAGAAGAAGUAAAAAAUCUGUUAACUGAAGCUGGUUAAACUCAGAUGUUGCCAGCAGAGGUCACUGUCUGUCUUUUAUGGAUGAAAAUUAUUAUUUUUGGUCAUGUUUUAGUUAUUCGUUUCUUCUCAUUGCUUCUCUAACACUGUGCACAAAAAAUGAAGAAUUGUACAUAAACCAGAAAAAUAAAAAAUCUAAAGUAACAAAUGACUUUACUUAAGAGGAGUAACAGUUUUACACAGAGCACAGAUUUGGUGAUAAAAAAAGAAAACAUGUUUUGAGUGUUUAGUUAAAAAGGCUGGGUCUUGUUUUUGUCCAGCGGUGCCUCUGCCAUCAAACCAGCUUCAGUUAAGCAUCUGAUUUAUGUCUCACAAUUUGCAUAAAAACAAAAACCAUGCAUCUUGUUUUCACAAUCUGUUUUGAUAGUGAUACUCAGUCCAAGACCUGGGUGAAAUCACACAACAAUCUUUAGCUAAAUAAAGCUUUUGUCCACCAGUAACAACGAUUAAUGUCCUGCCAUUACACUGAGUGCAACUCGCUCUAUAAAUCACUGAGACACGUUAAAAAAAUAGAAAUGAGUCAUGUGAGAACAGACUACCAAAUCAGCGAUAAGAUUUGAGAUGWAAGUUUUUUAAUGUUGCAGUAUUAUACAGAUGUGGAUCAAUUUGUUUGUUCCCUUUUUGUUAAAGAAAAAAAAAAAA